AUGAGCCUGGUAAGCUUGCAAUAUGUUGCGGCGCCUAAGAUUGCGCUGGGGAAGCUCCCUUGUACCCUCCUGUCGCACACAUCUCGCUGCGAGACCACUGCGCAGGAGGACAAGCGGCACACCAUCGUCCUGCUCCAGACUGGGCGGGACAAGAGUUCACGUACCUUUUCGGACUUUGACUCCACCGCGGAUGCCCUAACAGGCAUCUGCUCCAUGUACGAGAAGCUGCUGCGGGAGCUGAACCCCCACCUCGCGGAGAUGACGUACGAGCUCGACGACCUCUUUGCCUACCUGGACAGGCUCCCCGAGGUGUCCAUGCUCAUCUACGACCCCAGCCUGGACGCCUACACCCCCCACACCCGGGCCUGGGUGAAGAAGGCGGCCCUGGCCCAGCUCCAGGGCCUGGCCGCGCCCAUGCGCUGA